AUGCCGCGCCCCAAGUUGCUCUCAAGCCAGCGCCAAAGAGCCGCCGAGGCUUGCAAUGCUUGCCGAGAGGCAAAGAAGAGAUGCUCGGGCACGGCGCCCUGCACCCACUGCCUGCGUCGCGGGCUGGGUAGUUCGUGUUUCAUCUCCCACCGUCCUCGGGGGAACCGUCAUUCUGUAGGUAUCGGGACGGGAUUAUCAAAUUCGAAGCCGGCGAACGGGGGACAGCAGCCUCUUUCGACAAGUCCACCAAACACUAGACAUAGCACCGGUGCUGCAGUUUCAGAUUCAACGGUCUUCUCAGCCUUCGAAGAUACGCCCAUACUUAGUCAUUCGACGGCCCCAGUUGUGCCUAGUGGGAUUGAUUCAAUAUCACCCUCGGAGGCUCGUACGAUAGAGGUGGACAAUUCUUCAACAAUUGUCAAUGUAGAGCCUCCGGUACAGGUUAUGAGUGAUGUGGACGACUCUAGCGCCUUGUCGUUGCUUUCAAUGAAGCCCUCCCCUCGCAUGUUGCUGAACCUGCGUGGCGAGCGAGUCUACAUAGGGGGAGGAGGCUCUCUCUCAUUCCUGCAGGCCGUGAGGGGCAUUAUAUCUGCUCAAGUCGGACCCUCGCAAUUUUCUCGUCACGGAAAAAGCGAUACCAUGCUGGAGAAGGAGUCGCCGCAAACAAGAGCUCAAGUUUCAAGUCCCAGUGAAAUGAAGAUGGAAGACAAGCUCAUGUAUGCGAAAUGUUUCUAUGAAGUGACUGGGGGUUUGAUAGACCCUUUCUGUCCACAAGAGAUGGAACAGCUCCUGACGACCUCUGGCGGAGGGAGUCCUCAGAAAAGGGCGCUCGUGCAGCUCAUCAUAGCUGUUGGUCUUCAGUGUGAUCCAUCAGCCGACGCGGAUGAUCGCGAGUUGGCGUAUUUUAGCGAGGCCCAGGCCCAAGCCUUUUCUGGAAUGCUUGAAGACCCAGAUAUCGAUAUGGUUAGGAUAUUUUUGAUAAUGUCCUUUUAUCUGCUGGGAGAGUGUCGCAGGAACACGGCUUUUAUGUAUCUCGGAAUUGCUGCGAGAGCCGCGCUGUCACUAGGUUUGCAUAGCCCUGAAACCUAUACAGAUAUGAAAGAUUCAAAACACCAACUCAGGUUAAGAGUAUGGAUGAGUCUCAGAGUCAUGGACAUCCCCAUCAGCUCUAUAUUAGGCCGUCCGCCUGCCACUGCAGGAGUCCAGUCUGAUUUACAAGGCCUCGUUGAUGACGUAGUUGCCUCAUCCCAGGACCGGGGAAUGAUCUGCCUUGUUGCGUCCUACAAAAUGGUAUCGCUAAUAAGCAAUAUCGUCGAAAAACUCUACGAUCGGAAGGAGAUCUCGAUCCCCAUGAUAGAAGAGAACCUACAAGAGCUUGAGAAGUGGAGCCAGGGCCUUCCUCAAUUCCUCCGCACUUCGCCUUCACAGACGGAUCUCGCUGAUUCCGACGCCGAGAAGAGCGCAAUUGGACGCGUCCACGUAUCGUGUCUUUAUUAUUUUGCAGUCACCCUCGUGACUCGGCCGAUACUGGUGUCUACGCUGAUCCAGCCGCAGAUUGGAGGAAUGGUGCACUCUCAUUUGGCAUCUGCGUGUCUUGAUGCUGCCAUAUUUAUUGUCCAGACAUGUUCUGGGGCCAGGAAGCUUGGUUUGCUGAAGGCAAACAUGGCAACCAUAAUAUCAAUUAUCUUCCCAGCUGGUCUGGUACUCGGGUUCCAAAUUUUUGCUAAGGACGUUGUCGAUUAUGGAAUCGAGUCCGCGUUUCAUGGGGCCAGAGAACUGCUUAACUUCCUGGGAGCCAAGAGCUCUCAAGCGACCUUAUACUACGAUAUUUUAACCUCACUUUCCAAUGUGAUUAAUGAACGUCGCGAGAAAUCAUCCACGAAGAGCAGGACAGCUUAUGUGUCAAAGUUAUUUAACUUUGAAAGACAGCAACCGGAAGGACAGGCGAGAGAUGCGAAUCGUGCGGCCCAGCCUAGCGAGGAUCAGCAGCCCGUGCAAAUGAAUGACUUAUUUGCCACAUGCUCUCUGGGGAACAACACACCUCUGGAAUCUGGAGACAUGUUUCUUGAUUGGGACAGUCUUGAUAUCUCCUUGUGGGAGAGCUUUCCUUAUUUGACUUGA